CGCCUCUCCAGCCUUCGGGCCGCCCCUGCCCCACGUCUCCUCUUCCCUCACUCCUUGGACACGUAGGCUUGGGUGAGGGCCGGGCCCUGGCCCCAUCGGCGCUGCGGAUGGCCCAAUUGAGAUGAGGCCGCCGCAGGCCUCACGGGGCUCACCUUCUGGCACAGGGACUCGGAGGGGGGUUGAGGUGCAGUGUAUGUGCACGGAUAGGUAAGGCGGCCGCCCUCAUGGAGGAGGUGGCACACAAGCUGAUCCUUGAGGCACACCCAAGAGGUGGCGAAUUCCAGGCCUUCGCGACAGCCUGGGCAAAGGCGCCGAGGUGGGAAGUGGAAUGUGUGCAAAGAACAGCUGGUAGGCCAGUUUGGCUGGAAUGAGUUCCAGUUCCUAAGUCAGACACCAUCUUCCAGAUGGAGGGAGAGGAAAAGCUAAAGAUUGUGGAUCCAGAAGUCGAUGAUAAAGAUUCCCAGAAGGGAAGCAACAGCCCAGAUUCUAAGAAUGAAACUGAAAACCAAAUGUCUGUUUCAAGAGAGGAAGUUUCCAAAGUAGAAUCACAAGGGAAGUUAUUGGUAGGUUGCCAAGGGGCCAUUUCCCAGGACUCCAAAGUUGGAGAAACUUGUGGAGGGGGGGACAGGUUAGAGGUACAACAGGAAAAGCCAGAAGGGAAAACUCUGGAAGGCUCACAUGACCAAGAGAGAGAGUUUGGUACCAAGCCCACCUGCACAAGCGAGCCCCCAGUAGAAAAUGAAUGUGGGAAAAGCUCAGAUCCCAUUCCACAGGAGAUAGAUCCUCCAGCAGAGAAAGCCCAGAAGUGUGAUUUGCAUGAGCAUGGCUGUAGGCUGAAUUCAGAACAUAUAAAUAAAUCCAAACCCCAUGGUGGAGACAAACCUCAUAAAUGUAAUGAGUGUGGCAAAGCCUUCAGGAGGAGCUCCAACCUCAUUCAGCAUCAGAAAAUUCAUAGCGGAGAGAAGCCCUAUAAGUGCAAUGAAUGUGGCAAAGCCUUCAGUCGCAGCACAACCCUCAUUCACCACCAGACAAUUCACAGCGGAGAGAAACCUUAUGAAUGUAACGAAUGUGGCAAAGCCUUUAUGGCAAGCUCUGCACUUAUCCGCCACCAGACGAUUCACAGUGGAGAAAGACCCUACGAAUGUAAUGAGUGUGGAAAAGCCUUCAGUAGGAAUUCCAUCCUUAUCGAACAUAAGAGGAUUCACAGUGGAGAGAAACCUUACGAAUGUAAUGAGUGUGGGAAAGCCUGCCGUGGGAGUUCAAAACUAAUUGAACACCAGAGAAUUCACACUGGAGUGAAGCCGUAUGAAUGUAAUGAAUGUGGGAAGACUUUUAGUCAGAACUCGCACCUUACUCAGCAUCAGAGAAUCCAUACUGGAGUGAAGCCCUAUCAGUGCAGCGAAUGUGGGAAAGCUUUCAGGCAAAUAGCAACUUUCAUUAAUCAUCAAAGGAUUCAUAGUGGAGAGAAGCCCUAUGAAUGUAACGUGUGUGGCAAAGUCUUCAGGGUGAGAUCAGAUCUUAUUCGACAUCAGAGAAUUCAUAGCGGAGAGAGACGCUAUGAGUGUAAUGAGUGUGAGAAAACCUUCAGCCAGAGCUCAUGCCUUAUUCAGCACAGAAGGACUCAUAGUGGGGAGAAACUUUAUGAAUGUAAUGAGUGUGGGAAAAAUUUUAGUCGCAGCUCAAACCUUAUUCAACAUCAGAGGAUUCACAGUGGAGAGAAACCCUAUGAAUGUAGUGAGUGCGGCAAAGCCUUCAGCAGAAGCUCAAACCUCAUUCAGCAUCAGAUGAUGCAUACCAGAGUGUAAAGAAUAUGGCAAUGCCUUCAGUCAGACUGGUCUAGGAUGUAGAGAAAGAUGAGUGAUCUUGGCAAGUCACCAGCCCUUCUUGGGUUUCAGUUUGGUCCUCUAUAAAAUCAGGAGCUCGGGCUAGGUCCUUGAUGAGAUCUCUGUCUUCUCUACAGCCUGUCCUUCUGACAGACUGAAGAUUCACAUUGAGGCUGCAUGCCCUCUGUCCUGCUGCUGGCUCAGUGACUUGACUGGAGAGCCGGGGUAGCUCAGUGGGAAAAGCAUUGAACCUGACCUAACAUCAUGUCUCAGCAUCUACUCUGAGCCUGUUUUCUCCAUUGUGAUGGGGAGAAUAACACUUGUUACCUACCUCACAGGGUUGUUGUGAGGAAAGCCCUUUAUAAUCUAGAGUACUAUAGAAAUGAGGACCACUAGGACUCCUACUGAGCACAGUGGUUCCAUGGGAAUAAGCUAAUAAGGGUCUCUUCUCUUAAUAUAAGAAAGUGAUGACUUUGAAGAAACCCUCUGUGGCAGCACUGCCAAAGAUAAUCUGUUCCUGGACAAAAGGGAAGGGAAAAUCCCAAUAGCAAAGGCAAUGUGGCCUAGUGGAAAGAGCCCUACAUAGGUCCAUCUACCCUGCAUGCCUGGAAAUCUUUGUGAUCAUGGGCAAAUCCUCUCCCCUCCCCAUGCCUCAGUUUCCUCUUAUGUAAAAUGGAGGCACUAGUACUUGAAUCAGUUACCUCCCAUAGAUUGUUGUGAGGAAAGUGCUUUGUAAACCUUAGGAUGCUGGAGAAGGGGACUCCCUGUAUCCGAUCUUGGUUAUUAAGGAGGGCUAGGAUUUGAACCUUUGACUCCAAAUCCAGGGAUCUUCCCACUGGGCCAUGCCACUGAAAGGCUUUCAAUGCCACUGAAGCUCCUUGUGCAAGAGGGGCACGUGGUUGGACCUGCACUUUAUGAAAAAAAAAAUUCUGGUGGCUGGAUGGAGGAUAGGCUGGAGUGGGGUGAGACUGGUUCCAGCCCCCCCUAUUCCCCAGCAGCUAUUGCAGUAGUCCAGAUGGGAGAGGGAUAAGGACCUACACCAGUGGGGUGGCCAUGUGAGGGGAAAGAGGUAGAGAGUUGUGAGGACUACUGUAUAAGUAGAAUCCAUAGGACUUGAGAACUGAUUGCGUAUGAGGGGGUGAGGGAAAGGAUGACAGAUUGUGAAUUGGGGUGAAUGAAAGGAUGCCUGGCAGAGUUGUAGGGAAAUCAGGAAACUAGUGAGCUCCAUUUUGGACAUGAAGAGUUUGAGGGAUGCCCAUUGCUUUCCCAUAGAACUAGAAUGUACUUUUGUCAAUAGUCAAUAAAUGUUUAUUAAGCGCUUACUAUGUGCCAGGCAUUGUUCUAAGCACUGAAGGUACAAAUAAGAAAAAGAAGGGAACACCAUACACGAGAGGAAGCUGAAAAGGGUGGGGAGGAGCAACAGCCACCAGAGGGCACCUGGCAUGAAGGUGUGAUUGAUGUUCAUGGGAUUCAAAACCAGGCAGAGCAGCUGAUUGAAAACGAAGAGUUGGUGAGGGCCAGGGCCUCUGCAUUUGGAACAGAAAGGGCACUGGACUUUGAAUCAGAAAUCUCGAAAGGGAUUGUGUUACUGUGAGAGGGUCAGGCAAAGCUCUCUGAGUCUUGGCUUCUCUUCUAUAUGAUAGGGACAGUAUUAUUGCUCUUGAGGAGCUUGCAUUCUCAUGGGGGAGACAGCAGGAUGAAUGAAAGGUGAGCUCUGAGGGAAAGAACAGAAAGUGAGAUUGAAGCUAAGCAGUGAAGGAGGUCAUAGAAUACAGAACUAGGAGAUGGAGCAUUUACGUUUGAAGAGCAGCAAGACUGUACAGUGCAGGGAAGGGAGCAAAAUGUAAGAAUACUGGAAAGGUACUGGAUUUUAUAUUUGAUCCUGAAGGUAAAAGGAAGCCACUCUUAAUUCAUUGAGUAAGGAAAUGACCUGGUCAGACCUCUACUUCGGGGAAAUAUUUUUGUUCACAGGAUGGCUUGGGGUAGGGAGAGACUUCAGGAAAGGACAUCUGCUAGGAAGGAAUGAAUGGCCUAUUUUUUUCCCAGGCAAAGUCCUCAGUUGAGAGGGUUUAGAGAAAGAGAAGCUUGAGAAUGAAUGAAAAGGCUUGGAAUAACUGCUACAGUGAGUAGGAGAGCUAAUCAAUCAUUGAGGUAGAAAAGCAUUUCCUUGCUUGGUGGAACUCAAAGGUGUUGUUUUUUGGAGGGGGAGGGUGGACAUGGAUAGGCGACAUUAACACAACAACCAUAUGGCAGAGACAGUGCAAUCUUUUUACCCUCAUUUACCUGAUACUUAUCCCCAAACCUAGUUAGAUGGAUCCUUAGGGUCAAGCCCAAUCAAAACUUCUAGCCUCCCCUAGAAAUGGGAGGCACUGGAGUGAGGAGCAGAGAAGCUGCUCACACACCAUCACCCUUUGCCUCCAUUACCUCACUUAGAAAACAAGGGGUUUAGACUAGAGGACUUUUUAGGUUCCCUCUGCCUUGAAGUCACAGCUUUUUCUUUUUGGUGUCAAUAACCCAGCUGGUAAUUGCUCCAAGGUCUUGAAUCCAAGCCUAGUGAAAGUGGAGCCCUGGCUUCCUGGGAAGAGGCAGCACUGGCCUGGGGCUUUAGAAACUUGAGACAGCUUUUCAUCUUUGUGGCCCUCCUUGGCUUCUGCAGGUAACUGCUGGAUGACUCUAGAGCUGGAAGGAAUUCUAGGGAUCACCUGGUCGGAGCCUCUUUUAGAGGGAGAAACUUUAGUGCAGGACAGAAAUGGAGAGCACUUGCCCAGGGUCCCGCAGUGAAUGAACAGCUGGUGGGGACUUUUAGAUAAUAAUACCUAGUUCCAUCCCUGUAGAUCCUGAGAGAUAAAGUGGUCAGGAUUCACACUGGGGUCUUACAGCUCUGAGGUUAGUAUUCUCUGCACGACCCCUUGAAUGUUUAUGGAAUGACUUGGGGUGAGGUCAGAGGGUGCUAGCAUACAAGACAGCUGUAUGAUGGACUUAACACUGCAGAAUGAGCCGUGCAGUUUUUGGACAUGGCUAAUGGGAACUUGUUUUGCUUGACUAUGCAUAUUUGUUACAAAGCUUUUGCUUUUCUUUUUUAAUGGGGGGGGGGGGGAGGGCGGGCGUGCUAGAAAAAGGAUUUUUGCUAAUUGGAAAAAAACACAAAAAGAAUAAUAUUUGGGGAGUCAGGAGAUUGGUUCAAAUCCUGGCUUUUAAUCUCUUGCCUUUCCUUUCUUGGGAGCAAGGCCUCUGCGUGUCUUUCUUUCUUGGAUCCUCAGUGACUAACGGUGCUGUGCAAAUAGCAAGCAUUUAGUAGGUGUCUGUUGGCAGCUGGGUAGAUGGAGUGCUGAUCUCAGCCUCAGGAAGACCCAAAUUUGAAUCUAGCCUUAGACACUUCCUAGCUGAGUGAUGCUAAGCAAGUCACUUAACCUCUCAGCCUUAGUUUCCUCAUCUGUAAUAUGGGGAGAAUUGUUGAGGAUCAACUGCGAUAAUACAUGUAAAGUGCUCUAUAUAACGUUAACUAUUAUUAUUCUAUUAUUAUUGUUAUUAUUCGUACUGAGUGGUCUCUGGAUGGACGGACGAGUGGCUUCAUCUCAGCCUCCGACACUCACAGUUGGGGAUAAUGCCUGUAGUAUCUACCUCAGGUUUGUCGUGAGACUCAAAUGAGAAAACGUCCGUCCGGUAAAGCACCUUGAUGCCUUAAGCUAGGAUAUAAAUGUCAGCUAUUCUUAUUUUAAUAAAAUUCAUUGAUGCUUUGGGG